AUGACGAAUAAAUGGCAGCGAGAAAACGUUCAUUUGGGGUUCAUACUCGACCGAAGUUUGAAGAUUUGUCCUAAGUGUGUCAAUAAGAGUAUGAGUGGACGAUACUUCAGAAGUUUUCUCGACAGGACUCAGUCGAACUCUGAUGGCCUGGGAUUGUCGUCGUUUGGCAUUCUUACGCUCUGUGCCAGGUUGACGCCACACACACUCGAUGCCAAGUCUCUUGCACAGUUUGCAGACGGGCUUUGUUUCGUCACAGCGUUUUCUGUGGUUAGCUGGCAGAAUAUUGCUACUUACUUGCGUCUGCGACAUUCUCCGCAUCCAUUUCGCGAACGGAUCGACCGACCCGUGGAGUUUGUGUCCUUGAGAAGAGUUUGGAAGUCGGCAAGGGUCUUACCAGCAGACUUUGCUGGCUUUUGGUCCACAAGAGCGAGAUCGGUAACAGUGAAGGCGUUGAACAUGAGAAAAUGUUCAGGUCGGAGAUUCGUUUGGGAAUUUAUUUUUAAUUCCUGA